CGCAGACUUCAUCCAUAUUUCAUCGCCGUUGAACCAGCUCGUGCUUUCCCCGCAUUUGCUCCUCCAUCUUAACCCCGCAUACUCGUCGACUCCCCACCCCACCAUAUUACCCCAACUCCAACAAAAAGGUCACCACCACCAUGGCCCCUCUCAUCACGCACCUCUACACAGCCGACCCCUCUGCCCACGUCUUCGAGGGCAAGAUCUACAUCUACCCGUCGCACGACCGCGAGACGGACAUCCAGUUCAACGACAAUGGCGACCAGUACGACAUGGCCGACUACCACGUCUUCAGUACCGAGUCGCUGGACCCGCCCGCGCCCGUAGUCGACCACGGCGUCGUGCUCAAGACCGAAGACAUUCCCUGGGUGUCCAAGCAGCUGUGGGCCCCCGACGCCGCCCACAAGAACGGCAAGUACUACCUGUACUUCCCCGCCCGCGACAAGCAGGGCAUCUUCCGCAUCGGUGUGGCCGUCGGCGACCGGCCCGAGGGUCCCUUUACCCCUGACCCGGAGCCCAUUAAGGGCAGCUACAGCAUCGAUCCCGCGACCUUUGUCGACGACGACGGCGAGGCCUACAUGUACUUUGGCGGCCUGUGGGGUGGGCAGCUGCAGUGCUACCAGAAAGGCAACGACGUGUUCGACGCCGCGUGGCAGGGCCCCCAGGAGCCCAAGGGCGACGGGGCGUGCGCUCUGGGGCCUCGGGUGGCGCGGCUGACGGACGACAUGCGCCAGUUCGCUGAGGAGGUGCGGGAGAUUGUGAUCCUGGCGCCCGAGACGGGCAAGCCGCUUGCGGCCGACGACCACGACCGGCGCUUCUUCGAGGCCGCCUGGAUGCACAAGCGCAACGGCACCUACUACUUUAGCUACUCGACCGGCGACACGCACUACCUGUGCUACGCGACUGGUUCGAGCCCCUACGGGCCCUUCACCUACGGCGGCCGCAUCCUCGAGCCCGUGCUGGGCUGGACAACGCACCACUCGAUCGUCGAGUUCCAGGGCCGCUGGUGGCUGUUCCACCACGACUGCGAGCUGAGCAAGGGCGUCGACCAUCUGCGGUCCGUCAAGGUCAAGGAGAUCUUUUACGAUGCCGAGGGCAAGAUCGUAUCAGAAAAGCCUUGAUAGUAAAAAGGCAAAUGUAAUAUCCUAGCUUCUCCAAUGUAAACAAGCCAAAAAAUGAGGUAUCCUGUUCUGAUAUAAUACUCCCUUGACAUGCC